CCAUAAGUAUUCCCAGACCUGUGUUUGCAGUCACAUUAGGCAGACUGGUGAGAAAGUAGGUAGUGUUUGGGCAAGUGUGAUCUCCUGUAACCUGCAGCCUAAGACGCUGAAUCCAGCCACGCCUUACUGCGCAGCCAGAAGAUUCACUAUGGUGAAAAUCGCUUUCAACACCCCCUCAGGGGUGCAGAAGGAGGAGUCACGGCAAGACGUGGAGGUCCUGGUGAGCCGCACGAUUAGAGCACAGAUCCUGACCGGCAAGGAGCUUCAAAUUGCCACCGAAGAAAAUGAGGGCACCUCUGAGAGAUGUAUGCUUACUCUCUUAGGCCUUUCAUUCAUCUUGGCAGGAUUUACUGUUGGUGGAGCCUGCAUUUACAAAUACUUCGUACCCAAGAGCACCAUUUACCAUGGAGAGAUGUGCUUCUUUGAUUCUGAGGACCCUGUAAAUUCUUUUCGUGGAGGAGAGCCUUACUUCCUGCCUGUAACUGAGGAGGCUGACAUUCGUGAGGAUGACAACAUUGCAAUCAUUGAUGUGCCUGUUCCCAGUUUCUCUGAUAGUGAUCCUGCAGCAAUCAUUCAUGACUUUGAAAAGGGAAUGACUGCUUACCUAGACUUGCUCCUGGGGAACUGCUAUCUGAUGCCCCUGAAUACCUCCAUUGUUAUGCCUCCAAAGAAUCUGGUGGAGUUCUUUGGCAAACUUGCAAGUGGCAAAUACUUGACUCGUACUUAUGUGGUUCAUGAAGACCUGGUUGCUGUUGAAGAAAUUCGUGAUGUCAGUAACCUAGGCAGCUUCAUUUACCAACUUUGCAACAACAGAAAAUCCUUCCGCCUUCGCCGCAGAGACCUUUUACUAGGUUUCAACAAACGUGCCAUUGAUAAAUGCUGGAAGAUUAGACACUUCCCCAACGAAUUUAUUGUUGAGACCAAGAUCUGUCAAGAGUGAGAAACAACAGUUAAAGAGUAUUCUUGGUUAUAAGAAGUCGGAUAUUUACAAUAUAGCUUCAGCAUUAAAGUUAUGGAAUACUGAAAAUAUUUACUAAUGCAUUUACUCUAUUGUUUAUAAUAAAAAAAGAAAUAUACAAAAAGACUACUAACCACUUCACGCUAUUGCCAAAUUUUACUUUAAUUGACUUCGCUUGGUAUUUGAAACUGAAAUAAUUAUCAUUUUCUUUUGAAUUUAUAAGGUUUCGAGUUCUGAAAGCAGCAUGAAUACAUCAGCAAAUAUCUUGACAAUUCAAUAAACUAUGCUUACAUAAAGCAA